GUCCUGGUUGUAGGAGUCUUGGUUGUAAGACCCCUGGUUGUAAGAGUCCUGGUUGUAAGACCCCUGGUUGUAAGAGUCCUGGUUGUAAGAGUCCUGGUUGUAAGAGUCCUGGUUGUAAGACCCUUGGUUGUAAGACUCCUGGUUGUGAGACUCCUGGUUGUAAGACCCCUGGUUGCUAGAGUCCCGGUUCUAAGACCCCUGGUUGUAAGAGUCCUGGUUUUAAGACCCCUGCCUGUAAGAGUCCUGGUUGUAAGACUCCUGGUUGUAAGAUUCUUGAUUGUAAGACCCCUGGUUGUAAGGGUCCUGGUUGUAAGACCCCUGGUUGUAAGAGUCCUGGUUGUAAGACCCCUGGUUGCAAGAGUCCUGGUUGUAAGAGUCCUGGUUGUAAGACCCCUUGUUGUAAGAGUCCUGGGGCCCGUUUCUCGAAGGUCCCGAUAAUUAACGGGCCUGGUAAGCUGUCUCCGUUUACAUUAAAGAUCAAGGUUUCAAUAGUUUUGCAUUCAACACGAUAAAACUGUCAGUUAAUGAAACAAAAUGGAGUAGUUUGCUAGCCAGGACCCGCGCUCUUAUUCUUUAUAUUUCGAUUUGAAUAUUUGAUUUCGGGCCCGUAAAAAUACUGGGACUUUCGAGAAACGGGCCCCUGGUUGUAAGACCCCUGGUUGUAAGAGUCCUGGUUGUAAGACCCCUGGUUGUAAGAGUCCUGGUUGUAAGACCCCUGGUUGUAAGAGUCCUGGUUGUAAGACCCCUGGUUGUAAGAGUCCUGGUUGUAAGACCCCUGGUUGUAAGAGUCCUGGUUGUAAGACCCCUGGUUGUAAGAGUCCUGGUUGUAAGACCCCUGGUUGUAAGAGUCCUGGUUGUAAGACCCCUGGUUGUAAGAGUCCUGGUUGUAAGACCCCUGGUUGUAAGAGUCCUGGUUGUAAGACCCCUGGUUGUAAGAGUCCUGGUUGUAAGACCCCUGGUUGUAAGAGUCCUGGUUGUAAGACCCCUGGUUGUAAGAGUCCUGGUUGUAAGACCCCUGGUUGUAAGAGUCCUGGUUGUAAGACCCCUGGUUGUAAGAGUCCUGGUUGUAAGACCCCUGGUUGUAAGAGUCCUGGUUGUAAGACCCCUGGUUGUAAGAGUCCUGGUUGUAAGACCCCUGGUUGUAAGAGUCCUGGUUGUAAGACCCCUGGUUGUAAGAGUCCUGGUUGUAAGACCCCUGGUUGUAAGAGUCCUGGUUGUAAGACCCCUGGUUGUAAGAGUCCUGGUUGUAAGACCCCUGGUUGCAAGAGUCCUGGUUGUAAGAGUCCUGGUUGUAAGACCCCUUGUUGUAAGAGUCCUGGGGCCCGUUUCUCGAAGGUCCCGAUAAUUAACGGGCCUGGUAAGCUGUCUCCGUUUACAUUAAAGAUCAAGGUUUCAAUAGUUUUGCAUUCAACACGAUAAAACUGUCAGUUAAUGAAACAAAAUGGAGUAGUUUGCUAGCCAGGACCCGCGCUCUUAUUCUUUAUAUUUCGAUUUGAAUAUUUGAUUUCGGGCCCGUAAAAAUACUGGGACUUUCGAGAAACGGGCCCCUGGUUGUAAGACCCCUGGUUGUAAGAGUCCUGGUUGUAAGACCCCUGGUUGUAAGACUCCUGGUUGUAAGACUCCUGGUUGUAAGAGUCCUGGUUGUAAGACCCCUGGUUGUAAGAGUCCUGGUUGUAAGAGUCCUGAUUGUAAGAGUCCUGGUUGUAAGAGUCCUGGUUGUAAGAGUCCUGGUUGUAAGAUCCCUGGUUGUUAGAGUCCCGGUUCUAAGACCCCUGGUUGUAAGAGUCCUGGUUGUAAGACCCCCGGUUGUAAGAGUCCUGGUUGUGAGAGUGCUGGUUUUAAGAGUCCUGAUUGUAAGACCCCUGGUUGUAAGAGUCCUGGUUGUAAGACCCUUGGCUGUAAGAGUCCUGGUUGUAAGACCGCUGGUUUUAAGAGUCCUGGUUGUAGGAGUCCUGGUUGUAAGAGUCCUGGUUGUCAGACCCCUGGUUGUAAGAGUCCUGGUUGUAGGAGUCCUGGCUGUAAGACCCCUGGUUGUAAGAGUCCUGAUUGAAAGACCCCUGGUUGUAAGAGUCCUGGUUGUAAGACCCCUGGUUGUAAGAGUCGUGGUUGUAGGAGUCCUGGUUGUAAGAACCCUGGUUGUAAGAGUCCUGAUUGAAAGACCCCUGGUUGUAAGAGUCGUGGUUGUAAGACCCCUGGCUGUAAGAGUCCUGGUUGUAAGAGUCCUGGUUUUAAGACCCCUGGUUGUUAGAGUCCUGGUUCUAAGACCCCUGGUUGUAAGAGUCCUGGUUGUAAGAUCCCUUGUUGUAAGAGUCCUGGUUGUAAGAUCCCUGGUUGUAAGAGUCCUGGUUGUAAGACCCCUGGUUGUAAGAGUCCUGGUUGUAAGACCCCUGGUUGUAAGAGUCCUGGUUGUAAGACCCCUGGUUGUAAGAGUCCUGGUUGUAAGAGUCCUGGUCGUAGGAGUCCUGGUUGUAAGACGCCUGGUUGUAAGACCCCUGGUUGUAAGAGUCCUGGUUGUAAGACCCCUGGUUGUAAGAGUCCUGGUUGUAAGACCCCUGGUUGUAAGAGUCCUGGUUGUAAGACCCCUGGUUGUAAGAGUCCUGGUUGUAAGACCCCUGGUUGUAAGAGUCCUGGUUGUAAGACCCCUGGUUGUAAGAGUCCUGGUUGUAAGACCCCUGGUUGUAAGAGUCCUGGUUGUAAGACCCCUGGUUGUAAGAGUCCUGGUUGUAAGACCCCUGGUUGUAAGAGUCCUGGUUGUAAGACCCCUGGUUGUAAGAGUCCUGGUUGUAAGACCCCUGGUUGUAAGAGUCCUGGUUGUAAGACCCCUGGUUGUAAGAGUCCUGGUUGUAAGACCCCUGGUUGUAAGAGUCCUGGUUGUAAGACCCCUGGUUGUAAGAGUCCUGGUUGUAAGACCCCUGGUUGUAAGAGUCCUGGUUGUAAGACCCCUGGUUGUAAGAGUCCUGGUUGUAAGACCCCUGGUUGUAAGAGUCCUGGUUGUAAGACCCCUGGUUGUAAGAGUCCUGGUUGUAAGACCCCUGGUUGUAAGAGUCCUGGUUGUAAGACCCCUGGUUGUAAGAGUCCUGGUUGUAAGACCCCUGGUUGUAAGAGUCCUGGUUGUAAGACCCCUGGUUGUAAGAGUCCUGGUUGUAAGACCCCUGGUUGUAAGAGUCCUGGUUGUAAGACCCCUGGUUGUAAGAGUCCUGGUUGUAAGACCCCUGGUUGUAAGAGUCCUGGUUGUAAGACCCCUGGUUGUAAGAGUCCUGGUUGUAAGACCCCUGGUUGUAAGAGUCCUGGUUGUAAGACCCCUGGUUGUAAGAGUCCUGGUUGUAAGACCCCUGGUUGUAAGAGUCCUGGUUGUAAGACCCCUGGUUGUAAGAGUCCUGGUUGUAAGACCCCUGGUUGUAAGAGUCCUGGUUGUAAGACCCCUGGUUGUAAGAGUCCUGGUUGUAAGACCCCUGGUUGUAAGAGUCCUGGUUUUAAGACCCCUGGUUGUAAGAGUCCUGGUUCUAA